AUGACGGCUGGGAGUCCCGGAGACUGCACCGAGGUGCGGAGGAGCCCCGAAGGCCGCGUCUCUCGCCUGGGCCGCCGCCUCGGUCGCCGCAGGCGCCCACGCUCUCCGCCGGAGCCUCUGCGGGUGCGGGCACGGCUGCGGCUGCGCUCGCCGUCGGGGGCGUUCGCGGCGCUGGGGGCGCUCGUGGUCCUGGUGGGCAUGGGCAUCGCAGUGGCCGGCUACUGGCCGCACCGUGCGGGGGCUCCUGGGCCCCGAGCCGCCAACACCAGUUCACAUCCCGUGAGCGAGCUGCGGCGCGAGGGUCGCGGCGCCGGCCGGGCCCACGGCCCGCACGAGCGGCUGCGGCUCCUGGGACCGGUGAUCAUGGGUGUUGGCCUCUUCGUGUUCAUCUGCGCCAACACUCUUCUCUAUGAGAACCGGGACUUGGAGACAAGGAGGCUCCGUCAGGGGGUACUGCGUGCCCAGGCCCUGCGCCCCCCCGACGGGCCCAGCUGGGACUGUGCACUCCUUCCCAGCCCCGGCCCCAGGACUCCCCGAGCCAUAGGUUGUGCAGAGCCAGAAACCUGGGACCUGUCCCCGCGUGGGGGAACCUCACCUGUCCCAUCCGUGCGGAGUCUGCGUUCAGAGCCUGCUAACCCUCGCCUUGCCUUGCCUGCCCUGCUCAACAGCUACUCGCUUAAAGGCCAGGGGCUGCCCCCACCGUGGGGUACACGGACCCAGACUGGCCACGUGAUCAUCACCGUGCAGCCCUCUGGCUCCUGCAUCGAACAUUCCAAGUCUCUGGAUCUGGGCCUUGGGGAGCUCCUCCUCGGAGCCCCCGCUGCUCGGGACUGUGCUCACCGGAGCUGGCCUCGCCUGGACCGCCUCAGUUUGGGGGGCUAUGCCAAGCUAGGAGGUGGAGGCGACUUGGGAGCCCAGGUCUGA